AAAUGGAUCUCACUGUUCCAGUUGAAUAUUCACGUGCCGGUAACACAACUCACAGCGGUAAUGUGCAUGCCAUUCAAGACGAUGAGAAAUUCUCGUAUGGAACUGCUGGAUUCCGAUUCAAGUCCGAGAAGCUUCCAUUCAUCGUCUUCCGGUGUGCUUACGUUGCGAGUCUUCGUGCGCGGCAGCUCAACUCAGCUAUCGGAGUGAUGAUUACAGCUUCACACAAUCCAUCAUGUGACAAUGGUGUGAAAUUAGUGGAUCCAAGUGGCGAUAUGCUCAAUGAGCAGUGGGAGAUAUACGCGACUGAAGUUGUGAAUGCUACUGAUGCCGAGCUCCCAGCCGCAGUUCGAGCUCUUGAAAAACAAAUUUCAGUCGGAAAGACCCAACUUUCCCGUGUCGUUUGUGGUAUGGACACACGUUGCUCUGGUCCUUGUCUGAUGAAUGCAGCAAGAGCCGGUGCAGCGUUAUUCAAUGUACAAUUCGAUGAUAUCGGUGUUGUGUCGACUCCAAUGCUUCAUUAUGCUGUCAAGGCAUUCAACGAGCCAAAAUUCGCAGAGCCAACUCACGAUGGAUAUUAUUCUGCAAUCGCCGAUUCGUUCAAGAAGCUGUAUGAAAUAACUGAGGAACCCAAAGACUCGAGAUAUCAACCAAAAGUCAUUGUCGAUUGCGCAAACGGAGUCGGUGCUCCACGGUUCAGAAAUCUUCUUGAGCGAAUCCCAUCAUCACUUCUGGAAGUUGAAUUUCGUAAUGAAUCGGAAGAACUGAAUCAGGGAUGUGGUGCCGAUUUCGUUAAGAUUUCGCAAAAGUUACCAGCAAACUUCUCACCGACAGCAGCAGAACCAAAAUGUGCUUCAUUUGAUGGAGAUGCCGAUCGCUUGAUGUACUUCCGUGCAAAGGCUUCAGAAAAUUCGGAAUCAAACGAUGCUGAGCUGUUCGACGGUGACAAAAUUGCAGUUCUGAUUGUCACAUACAUUCGGGAGCAACUGAAGGAUUACGAAAAUUCCACUCCGAUGGAACGUCUCCGCCUUGGUAUUGUUCAAACAGCAUAUGCGAAUGGAAGUUCAACACGCUACAUUCGUGAAAAGUUGGGUAUUGAGCCAAUUAUUGUACCUACUGGAGUCAAGCAUCUGCAUGAAGCUGCUUCUGAGUUCGACAUUGGAAUUUAUUUCGAGGCCAACGGACACGGAACUGUUGUUUUCAGCGAGAUUUUCGACCGCAUCAUCAGAAGAACUCCAACUGAAUCAUUACCUCUCCGUCGUCUAGCACUUUUCUCCCGUGUCAUCAAUGAAACUGUUGGGGAUGCUUUUGCAGAUUUGCUUGCCGUGGAAGCUGUUCUCCGUCACUAUGGAUGGUCUAUGGAUGACUGGGCCGAAAAACUGUAUCGAGAUGUUCCGAAUGUGCAGAUCAAAGUUCCAGUUAUUGAUCGUUCCAUUUUCAAAACGACGAACGCCGAGCAAACUCUUGUGAAACCUGUUGGAAUUCAAAAAAUGAUUGAUACGGAUGUUGCAAAGUACAAUAAUUCGAGAGCUUUCAUCAGACCAUCUGGCACCGAGAACAUUGUUCGCGUAUACGCUGAAGCGGAUACUGUUGAAAAUACAUUGCAACUCGGAAAAUCUCUCGAACAAGUCGUUCUCAACCUUUGCAACUCGAACUGAAGAAAAUAAAUUCCAUAUGUAGUCUCGAGUUUUCACAAUGUAUUUUUAUUCAUCCCUUCAGUUUAGUCAUUUUCAGCAUAAUCUCCCAAAGUUUUUUUUAAAUUUUUCCCUUUCAUAUUCCCAUAUUUAUUUGUUAAAAUUCAUUUAUGAGUUUCUACUGGUUUCCCCAUUUCCCUAUAUCAACUUUCAACGGUUUUAAAGUAAAUUCCUGGUUUCAUUAAAACACAUCAUUGGCCCUUUCCCCUAUGCUUUAAAAUAUAUUGAAAAAUUGUGAUAACUAGAUAACAGAGUGAUGACGAAUUGAAGAUUCUCGUUUUGAGACUUCAUCUUGAGUAAAAAUGAAUGUUUCGAUAU